AAAGAAGAAACGUAUGUGAUAUGGUGGCGGCCUUGAUGCUGCCAAAGUUGAGCUGCUUGACAUACUGGUAUGCUUUAUUAGAUUACUGGCCAUAAGUAUGAUGUGAAUGCUUAUAUCAUCACAUGCUCAGUAGAACCCAGUCUGCGUGGUACUGUUGCAGCGCGCUGCACUAGCUUACAAGCUUUUGACAUGGGGAAGCUAAAGGUUCUAGAAGUUCUUUUUUCUGGCAACCAAGAUGUUUACAAGCCUGGGGACACUAUCUACGGAGACGUGAGGAUAGUUGUAAGCGAAGAAAAGGGAGACAUCCGAGGUAUCCAAAUAAAAUGUGUUGGGAAAUCUUAUACACAUUGGACAGAAACAGAGGGAAGUGGAGAUGAUCAACGAACCGUGAACUACACUACUUCACAUAAAUACUUCAAACAGGAAGUCACGCUUAGUGGUGCAGGAAAGGGUGAAAAGAAUGCAGACCGAAUCAAACUGCCUGCUGGAGAGCAUAGAUUUCCAUUCCAGUUUCAGAUCCCUAGCAUGUCUUUACCAGCACCCUUUGAAGGUCAAUAUGGACAUGUGAGGUACUACGUCAAGAUUUGCAUCGACCGACCAUGGAAGUUUGACCAUCACGCCAAGAGGCUAUUUAGUAUCUUUACUGUCAAAGAUCUCAAUUAUGAACACAAUGUUUUGGUUCCUCCAAGUCACCAAAUUGAGAAGACAGUGUGUUGUCUCUGCUGUGCAUCAGGACCAAUUGUUGUGCAUGGACUCCUAGACAAGAGAGGUUAUGUACCAGGGGAACACAUAUUUGUUUCAUUAGAUCUUCAAAACAAUAGUUCUCGAACAAUUGUUGACAUCACAGUGAAGCUACAACAAACCGCUCAUUUUACUGCAUCCUACUGUGGUAGGACACACCACAGAGAGGAAACUAAGAAGAUAACUGAGCUAAAGCUAGAUGGAUGUGAAGCCAUGGGGUCAAUGAACUAUGAUAGGAUGAAGAUGUUGAUCCCUCCUAUUCCUCCUUGCACAUAUGACAACUGUCCAAACAUCAAACUAGAGUAUUGCGUCAAGAUUGAGGCCGAUAUUUCUGGAACCCCUAUGGAUGCUACAAUGAAGCAUCCUGUCGUGAUCGGUACUAUUCCAGCCUUCCAGCACACUUUAAGGGAUCCCUCUCAAGCUCCUCAAGGCAUAGCAGCAUAUGCUCCAUAUGCAGGACAACCUAUAUCAGUUUACCCUCCAGCAGGGCAGCCUGGGUACCCCCCAACGGGGCCGCCGGGAUACCCUCCAACAGGACAACCUGCGUACCCCCCUGCAGGUCAACCUGGCUACCCUCCAGCAGAGCAGCCGGGGUACCCCCCUGCAGGUCAACCUGGCUACCCCCCAGCAGAGCCACCAGGAUACCCCCCAGCAGGGCAACCUGCGUACCCCCCAGCAGGUCCGACAACUGACCCAACUGCAGGCUUGCCACCCCCUCCCUCAUAUGCAUCAGCGGUAGGAGGACCUCAAGAGAUAGCUGGUAAGAAAGGAGCCUUUGGUACUGUCAUGUAUGCACCACAAUACCCUUACUAUGAUCCAGAUACUCUGUAUGCUGCCAUGGGAAUCCCACAAGGUGUACCGUCAGCGGAUGGAGGGCUUCAACCACCACCCACCACCACACAGCCACAAAGCAUCCAACAACCUCCAUAUAAUCCUUACCCAGACGAACAGAAAGAUGAAUGACAUUAUUUUGAAUUCAAUAUUACCUAACAGUGAAGAGGAUGAAAAAUAAAAUGCUGCAUUAAUACACAUAUAUGACAUAAUUAUCUGAUACUACUAGUCUUACAGAAAAGAAAUCUAAUAAUGAAUAUUGAAAGUAAUUUCAAACAUCCGUAGACCACUGGAAGGUAUUUCUUUCAGAAUAUGUUCUAAUUAUUACUGCAUGGUAAUUAGACAUUGUAUUUUCAUGGAGAUAAUUUGAAGGUAUGUUAUUAUUUAUAUAGGUCAACAAUUGUGUAGACAAUGAUUCGCUUUAGAAGGCUGUGCAUUGAGAUGAAAGGAUAGAUAAGUCAGCUUUUACAUGGAUAAUAGUUGAAAGUCACAAAUUCUUUGUGCAGAACUGCAUCUUGCAUGCACAUGAAAACUUGAAUUGUCUGUACCAGUUCCCCCCAAAAAGAAAUCAAUGUUCAAGGUUUGCCCUCACUGGAAGAAAGAUUUAAUUUUGAGCUACUUCUAAGCUUCAACCCUCCGAGCUACUUUCUUUGCCUUGUAGUAAAAUUGUAAUAUAGAUUUUUUUUCUCUUUCUUUUGAGCUACUUUCAGGUGCUAACAGGUGCUGUUUCAGGAGUGAUUUUCUGAAAAAUGCUUUGGAAUAAAGAAACAUGUUACUCUUACUUUUAUAAUAUCCACUAGUAUUGUUAUCAAGUCCAGUAUAGAGUCCACCUGGAGUAACUAGCUCAGACUUGAUUUGAAGUCAAACUGUAAAAACAAAUGGCAUGGUUUUGUUAUAGGCUGUGGACUCGUAGCUUGUCUUCCAGGCUAACUAACACUGAUAUAUCAACACAUCAAAAGUACAUUGGGCUUUCACUGUUUAGAUAAAAAGAAAUUAUGCAUACAAAUCCUGAGGUGUUGAUUCAUAUUCAAAGGGGUGAUGGAUGAUUGUUAAAAACAAAACGUAUUUGCAGACAGUCAAGAAUAUUUUCAACAAGAUAUAUUAUAUUAUAUGCUCUAAAAAUAGGUACAAAAAUGCUUUGAAUAUAAUCCUAUUUUUGGCUUAUCACUAUUUCGUGAAAUUUGCCUUCUUAUAGAAGUCACAGCCUCCUCUUUGACUAAAUGAGUCUUUUUCUUGAAAUUCUUUGCUCUUUAAAAAGUACCUUUAGUUUUUAAAAUCCGUGAACAUUUAGGUAUUUGCGAACAUCUCUGAAAAUACCCUUUUUGUGAAAUUUGUAAAUAUCUUGCUUGCACUAAGUCAAUGAAGCGACAACCAGGGUUUAAAUAGAUGCAAUAACGUCUAUAAUAUUUAUCUAGAAAAUGUUAUGAAAAUGUCAGAAACCGUCUCCAUCCCAAGUCCUUUUAUGACCUUGUUCUUAUUACCAAUAAAAGCUUAAGGCUGUGUGGAAUCAGGCAGGAAGAGCUCUCUUAUAUAAACUACGAUAUUAGAAGAAGAAAAAAAGUCACUUGAAUACUCGUGGAAUCCAGUGAAACUGGAUUCACUUGAAUAAAGAAUUAAUGUGUUCUGCCUUUUUCAUUGAAGUAAUACAGAUAUUUACCUUUAUUUGAGUUUUUAUAUCAGGGUUGAUUGUCUUUUAUUUUUGUCUUCAUCAAGAAUUACCUGUGUACAUGUAUUUUGAAAAAUGUUCCAUCUUUUUGUACCAAUUUUUUUAAAAUAUUUAUUUGCCUACCAUAUACCUGCUUGUAGGCCUACUUCCCAAAAGGUACUCAUUUUAUGUAUGAAUAAAAUCCAUAUUAAUAAUA